AUGAAGAACAAGAAGAGAAAGGUGGAAUUACGACAGGAAAUAGAGAAGAGAAUGAAGGAAUUGGAGGAGUUGGAGGAGCUCGAGUUAAAAGGGGUCUCUAAGCCGAAGAAGGAGAAAUCCGGCAAGAAGGUGGAACAGUCCAAGAAGAUCAAAGGUAAAAGGAAAGAAACAGAUAAAGAGAAAGGUAAAGAAACAGAUAAAGGUAAAGAUAAAGGUAAAGAUAAAGGUAAAGAUAAAGGCAAAGGGGCAGUUAAAGAUAAAGGUGAUGAAUUUUCUAGUUUAAGUGUUAAACAUUUGAGAAAAGAUGCAAAGACUAAGAAAAUUGUAGAAAAACAUAUGAAGCAAAUGAUAGCCACAGAGUCUAACUCAGAGUCUGAUUCUUCUUUAAGUAGUAGUUUAAGUUCUGAUAGUAGCAUGAGUAGUACGGGUAAUGAGUCAGAGCCAAAUUUUGUAUCUAGUUCGGACUCUGAUAGUCAAACUACACAUAAAAAGAAAAAUAAGCAUAAGAAAAAGAAGGUCAGAUCUGGUAUUAAGGAUAGACCUCAUGAUAAGGUUAAAAUAAAGAUGAACUGGCCGCAAUCUGAGCUCAAAUAUGAGUUAACAAAUAGAAAGGCUGUGGAGUUUAGACAGCUAACCAUGAAAUUUGGUUUUCCCAUUGGUUAUACAGCAGGUGAUAUAGUAGAUAUCAAAAAGCCUCGUAAUCAUAGCGGUGCUAGAGAUUUUCCAGAUUUCAUUUUGAAGUAUUUGAAAAAGGAGUUAGAAUAUAAAGCUGUUAUUGAUUGGGCCUUUAAAAAUGAUAGUACCAUACUAUACUCUCAUAAGAACCCAGAAGUUAUAUCGGAGAAACUGGGUAAGGAAGAAUCUUGUAGCAAAUGGCUGAUUGAUGAUAAAUUAUCACUUCAUUUAAGGAAAACAGAAACUGUUAUGUGUGGGUCAAAACGUAAAAUAUCUAAAGUUUGUAACUUUGAUGUUACUUAUGAUUUUGCUGGAGCUGAAAAAUCAGAAGAGGCAAAUGUUGUAUUUGAUUUAUUAGGAAGACUUUUAAACAGUUGUGAUCUUGAAGAAUAA